GUUAUGUUUGGCGCACGCGAAAGAAAUUUUUAUCAGGUGGCCGUUCCAUGCGCGAUCCGAGCGCUGUGAGCCACAAAAAGGCGCAGCUGCGAGCUGGAUUCAAAUUGAUGCAAGUUGGCACACUGUACCACCAUCGAUUCUACAUGUACCGGUGCACGAAAAUAUGGUCACCGAAGUGAUCAACGUGCUCGAGACUUUCUCAAGGAGUAAUCGCGACGUUGGCUCUGCAUUCACUUUGCCGCUCUCUGCCUGAUUCUCUGUCCAACGGCCAAGACAAAUUUGCCUUCGCCAGAGCAGCUUUCGGCAAACGUUCGCAUCAAUAUUUGCAGGAAAGAGAAAACCGCUGACACGUCACGUUGCCAUGAAACGCUGAGCAAAGUUGUUAGGAACGCGUUGCAGCCUUCAUUGCCACCACCAAAUUUGUAUGCGUCAAAUAAAUAGCGUUUGCCGAGUGUAUA